GUUGCAUUGCAUAGACUACUCAUACGUACGAACUCCACUCCAGUCAGUCCCAGUUAGUUUCAGGAAGCAAUGGCGUCCGGUCAGGAGAAGGGGAGGUCGGAGCUGGACAGCCUGGCCCGCGAGGGGCAGACCGUCGUCCCCGGCGGCACCGGCGGGAAGAGCUACGAGGCGCAGGAGAAACUGGCCGAGGGGCGCAGCCGCGGCGGGCAGACUCGGAAGGAGCAGAUCGGGGAGGAAGGGUACAGCGAGAUGGGGCGCAAGGGUGGCCUGAGCACCAACGACGAGUCCGGCGGCGAGCGCGCCGCCAAGGAGGGCAUCGACAUCGACGAGUCCAAGUACAAGACCAAGCCUCCGAUGUUUUAGUACCUAGUAGGUAGUACUAGCAAGCAAGCUGACCGCUGAUGUCUCUUCGUAGUUGGCUGUUAGCUGAUGUCUUCUGGUUGUGUCUGCUACUGAAUAUUGUCGGUCAGCUCCUGAAGUUGAGCACGCAUGUACCCGAUCAUACGUAGUGUGAUCAUGUGUGCUUUUUAGGUGUCCCUGUUCUGUCGUGACUAGUAAGUACUCCUGUCAGCUUACUGCUCAUCUGUAAUGUAGUGCGUCGGUGCUUAAUCAACAAUCUGAAUUUCUUCCA